CUGACGAGGACGGGAAAUAUUUAUAUUAAAAAAACUAAUUAUUAUUCUAAAGCAGUGUGUGGCAUUGUCUGCCAGUUUUUUUUUUUUUUUCGGGAGAAGCUUUAUUUCCCACUGGUGAAUAUUUUUUCGCUGCUUCCUGUGCACCUUAUCAGCUGAGCAGGGUCACAUUUCUUUUGAAAGAGUUUUGUUUUUGACAACUGACUCAAAAAGAAAGUAACCAUGGCAGAGACGUCGGCAUCUCCGGCUAAAGCCAAGAGGUCAUCCAAGCCCAAGAAACCUGCCUCUCAUCCAAAGUACUCGGAGAUGAUAAAAGCGGCCAUAGCGCACGACGCCAGCCGGAGUGGAGCGUCCCGACAGUCCAUCCAGAAGUACGUGAGGAAGAACUUCAAGGUGGGGGACAACGCAGAUGUGCAGAUUAAAAUGGCCCUGAAGAGGCUGGUGGCGGCUGGCUUCCUCCGGCACACCAAAGGCAUCGGUGCGUCCGGAUCCUUCAGGCUGACCAAACCUGAGGACACCAAAAAGUCCACCAAGGCAGCACCAUCUGCCAAGCCAAAGAAGGCAGCCAAGCCCCCCAAACCCAAGAAGGCUUCCAAGCCCAAGAAGGUGGCCAAGGCGCCCGAGAAACCUAAGAAGGCGGCUGCAAAGAAAGGGAAAAAGGUCACGAAAAAGGCGACACCAGCAAGACCCAAAAAGGCACCGGCUAAGAAGCCCAAGGUAACCAAGACCAAGGCGAAAGCAGUGAAGAAGGCGACCAAGCCCAAGCCAAAGACAACCAAAAAGGCAACUAAAACAUCUAAAAAGAAGUAAAGGACAUUAUCAGAGACGUGUAAAUACUUCAGGAAAUGUUUUCGUAUGUGUAUUAUUUUUGUAAAGUCUCAUGCAAACUUGUCCUGUUUUUACUUUUCUCUUCAUUGCACUAUAGCCUAAGGAUGCUGUAGAAUUUAUUUUAUUUGGCGUUAUAUACUGUUGAUUUGUAUCUGAUCCUUGGUUACAUACUGAGUAGUCUAGGGUCUUGUAUAUAGUUGCACGAGGUCAUAUUGAAAGUACAAGUGUUUCAAUGGUGAGCAUUGUUGAACCUUCACAAUGUACAGACCAUAGGCAGCGGACGUCAGCAACAUUCUCCUACAGGCUCUGUAGUGGUCGUUCAAGCUCCAUUCUUGUAGAAUUUUCACAUCUUUUAACGACUCAUAAUAUACAGACAUCCUACUGUGUCCAUUCACUUUUAAAGACUGUUUAUACUGCAACUCAAUAAACCUGUGUCAUCUUCUACUAAA